ACAUCAACAGCUGCUUGCUUCUUGGGUUUUGAGGUUAUAUUUUUGAAAAUGUCUACGUGUGAUAUUACCGAUAAAUUCAUUUAUAUAUUUCUAGAUUCAUAAUUUCAAUUUUUCAUUUUUAUGUCGAGAUGACUUCAAAGCGUGGGAUGUUGAACCCAGAGCCAAUAAAGCAAAAAAUUAGUAUAUUAUGUUUAGAUAUCAGUGAUUUCAACAAAACAGUGCAAUUUGCAUUAUGCACAGGUGCAGUGUUCCUCUUUUUUCUUCUGUAUGGGUACAUGCAAGAACUAUUAUUUACCAUAGAUGGUUUUCAAGCAUAUGGGUGGUAUUUGACAUUAGUUCAAUUCGGAUUUUACAGUGUUUUUGGCCUUGUUGAGACUAAAGUAAGAUCAGUGGGUGCAAGAAAGAUACCAAUGCAAACAUAUUUUUUAUUGGCUGUGUUAACAUUAGGAACCAUGGGUUUUUCAAAUGCCUCUCUUGGUUACUUGAACUACCCCACACAAGUAAUAUUUAAAUGCUGCAAGCUGAUCCCUGUCUUGGCAGGAGGAAUUUUGAUCCAAGGAAAACGGUAUGGGCCAUUGGAUUUCAUUGCUGCUGUUUUAAUGUGUUUUGGACUAACCUUGUUUACAUUGGCUGACUCUCAAGUACAACCAAAUUUUAACACUAAAGGCAUAACCAUGAUAUCACUAGCUCUGUUGUGUGAUGCUAUUAUUGGUAAUGUCCAAGAAAAAUCAAUGAAAAACUAUGGAGCUGCCAAUGCAGAAGUGGUCCUUUAUUCCUACUCUUUGGGAUUUCUGUAUAUCUUUGUGGUAAUGAUAUGUACUGGGGAUUUUGUAGAUGGACUUCAAUUUUUUGCUCAGAAUCCGAGAAAAACUUAUGGAUAUGCUUUUAUUUUCUCUAUUACUGGGUAUCUGGGCAUUCAGGUCGUGUUAACACUGGUUAGGACUACUGGUGCAUUCGCAGCCGUUACUGUAACAACUUGUAGGAAAGCUGUCACGAUAGUUAUAUCGUUUUUAUUCUUCAGUAAACCAUUCACCUUUCAGUAUCUAUGGUCUGGUUUGUUAGUUGUUUUAGGAAUCUACUUGAAUUUACUUAGCAAAAAACAUCCAUUCACAAUGGCAGAAUUGGAAUACAAAAUAGAAGCAUUCCUUAGGUUUUGCAGAUCGAAAUUUAUCGCCAGCAGAUACAAGAAUGGUCAAUAUUUGACGAACGUAUGAGACAACGGAUUUUUUCUAAGCAAGAAUGAGAUCUCAAAAAGAACAAUGCAUUUAUAGUCAUUUUCAUCCAAAUGAAUUUUGGAAAUUCGAAGAUUUCUACAUUUGUGGUUUAUGCACUUGAAUGGUAUUAUGGCUGCCAUUCCAAGUGUAUAGGUGGAACAAAUUCACUUUGGAAGUUCAGGAAACAAAAUUUGGGAAAAUUCUAAAACAUGUCCAUUGAAAAUCCAAGAUUCAGUUUAAAUUUUGGAAAUAUUAGUGGUGGAAUUCUUCAAAGUUGAUUUUAUGAUUGAUUUUGAAAAUCAAAUACAUUUUCGGUACAAUAGUUCGGAACUAUAGUGAAGAAACAAAUGGGAAAAAUCAUUCCACAAAAAACACCACACUAAUUUUGAACUCUAGCGUCUAGUCAUUCAUGACCAAUUUAUGAAGUUCCUACCUAUGGCCCUAAAAUUCAGAUAUUUCAAAUAAGAUUAGAAAAAAAUUGAACACACCAGAUUGGUCUUAAAUCAUACAUUUGUGUUACACUGUAUAUACUCGGUGGCCUAUUUGAGGCUACUCCAUCAGAAAAAUAAACUGCAAUUUUCGAACUUUUUCAACAUUUGGAACUUUAGGUUUACAUUAAAUGAAAUUUUGGUAUUGUGAAGAAUUUUCCAAAAGUUCUGCAGAAUCAAAUAAUUCCUGAAAAGUCCCGAAGAAUUCAAUGAAUCUGUAACCUUGAUUUUUUUUUCUUUAUCUGUGAUUAUUUUUCUGAAUAAUUGACUUUUAAUAUUUCGUUGGAAAACUGUUCCAUUGUGAUGCAAUUGGUUGCAAUUUGAAAUUCAGUAUUUUCACCAAAGCUCUGAAGGUUUUUUGGAAGUAUUGUAAAAUUUUCUAAUGGCUAUAGUGACUUACCUUCAGACCUAUUUUUUUUAUACACAUGAGUAAAUUCUCUUGAAGUUCGUGCCAUACUUUAAUUCACACUCUUUAUACUACUACUGUUAGAUAAAUAAAAAUUAAGAGUAGC